CAUACCGAUCAUCGAAGCCCAUAAAGUCAGAAAUUUUCGGGUUGCAGAAGGAGAGGAGAAGAGAGGCAGAGGUAAAGGUAGUUUCUCGAGGUUUUCCAUCCGAAGCAAGAGAAAAUGUCAGGAAGAGGCAAGGGAGGUAAGGGAUUGGGGAAGGGAGGAGCUAAGAGGCAUCGUAAGGUGUUGAGAGAUAACAUUCAGGGUAUCACCAAGCCUGCUAUUCGUCGUCUCGCGAGGCGUGGAGGUGUCAAGCGUAUCAGUGGCUUGAUCUAUGAAGAAACCCGUGGAGUCCUCAAGAUCUUCCUCGAGAACGUUAUCCGUGAUGCGGUUACCUACACAGAGCACGCUCGGAGGAAGACCGUGACAGCCAUGGAUGUUGUUUAUGCUCUCAAGAGGCAAGGCAGGACUCUGUAUGGUUUUGGGGGUUAGGUUUAUUAUUGAAAUUAGGGUUUCUUCUAGUUUGUGUAAAUUGUUCUUGUAGUUUAGAUAUCGAUGUAGGAAUUGGGGCUAUGGGUUCAUCUGGAUGUCUUUCUCUGCUUCUGUUUGAUUUUCCUUUAUGGGUUAGUUGCAGAAUGAAAUGUGAAUCUCUCAGAUUUCUUGUGAUAAUGAUAUAGCAAAUUAAUUCGAAGUUUUUUUUUUUUCCCUUUA